GGUCCUUUAGCCAGUGCCCUCAUGUCUCGCUUUGGUCACCGAUUUGUAAUCAUUCUUGGCAGCAUAUUUGGAUCAUUUGGACUACUACUCAGUGUUUUUGCCAUAAAUGUGGAGAUGCUAAUCAUAACAUUUGGAGUCAUUGGUGGACUUUUCACUGGAUUAUGUUUCUUCACUGCAAACGUUGUUGUCGGACUGUAUUUUAGCUCAAAACAAGCUUUGGCAGUAAGCCUUGCUACCACAGGCAAUGGAGCUGGUGUGUUUGUCAUCAACUACAUCACUGAAAACCUCUUGGCUUAUUAUGGGUUGAGAGGGACUCUACUCAUGCUCUCCAGUUUGAUACUCAAUAUGGCAGUUGCUGGGGCCCUGUGCCGACCCUUAAAAUACAAGCUUGUCGAGAAUACUGACAAUAAUAUACCUUUGAUAAUAGAUAACAAUGCAGAGACUGUCAAGAAAACAACUUCAGAAAAUAGCGUUGAUGAAACCCGUGUUUCACUAAUGACAGUCAACACAAGUGACGGAAAGGAUAAACAAACCGUUACAAAGAAAACGUCUUGCAUCCAUUCCAUUCUUAAAAACCUUGCUAUCUUCUUUGACUAUGAAAUACUGAAGAAUGCAAACACCAUAUUCAUGAUCACUAUCUAUUUUCUAUGGUCUGUAAACUUUGUCGUGUACGUGUAUCUUCCUCUCUAUUCCAAGAUUUUGGGUGUAGAUGGUACUUUGCUGAUCUCACUCAGUGGAGUAGGCUUCACCACAGGACAAUUCCUGCUUGGAAUUUUCAUAGACUUUCUCCAUAUCAAAAGUGAUUAUAUGAUGACAGCCUCGUUAUUCGUCAUGGGCAGUUGUGGCAUUGCCAUUCCACUUGUAGUCAAAUUUUAUCCGUUAGCAGCAAUUCUACUCAUCUGGUCUAUAGCUGGAGGGUUCUGUGUUUCACUACGAGUAGUAUUUACAACAUUGAUAGUAGGAUUUGAAAAUCUAGCAAGUGGUUACAGUUUAUUAAGUUUGUUCAAUGGAAUUGGUUAUGUAAUAGGACCACCACUAUUUGGAUUGGUGUACGAUGCAACAGGACACUUUGCAGAUGUGUUUUAUGGAUGUGGAGUAGCUUUCUAUAUAGGUGCUGUACUAUCAUUUAUAAUAAACAUUCGUCUUAAGAUGAGUGCCAGAGCUCAACAAAAUGAAGGUUUACCAAGCAAUUGAGGUGGACUUUGAGAAAUUACACAAGAGUUGAAGAAAAUAUGCACUAUCUAAAAAUUAAACCAUACCAGAGGAUUGUUGUAAUCAAGUUUUUUAAAUAGAAAUUUGUGUAAGAAUAAGAAAACAUAUAGUAAUCAGACUGAGAAGGUUAAAAAAUGACAAUUCGGAACUAUUUAGAUAAGACUUACUAUAGAUUUCAUUUGAAUUCCACUUGACCACUUUUAUAUUAGUUGGAAAGAAGCUAAGUUUUUAAAUAUUUGAUAUUUUAUUAAAAAUAUAAGCAUAGGAAGAAAACUAUACUGUAUUCCCUGACAUAAAAGAUACAGAGAUAUAUUAGAUGCGCUCUAAUUUCUAUUUGUGCAUUUUCAGUAUCAGGGACAAAAUUAGCUAAUCAUGGGAGACCAAAAUUUGCAUUAUAGGAUCUGGGGUAAUUUUUAAUUUUUUGAGAUAAUUUUUCGGAGAAACAAUGUGUGUCUUAUAUAUCCUCAAAUACAGUAUUAGAGUAAAACUUUAAGUUCCUCGAAACAACGAUAACACUUUUCCAGCAAAUCAUUGAAAGGAAUAUAUAUACACAUGUAUAUAUAUAUAUAUAUAUA